GUAAUGCUUUGACGGAUAACUACUACUUUGUGUAAUACGCAAGAAAAGUUAGCAAAAAAUAACGAGUUUCUGGCCAAAACGACAGCUUGUUUUGCACAAACGACGUUGGACGUUCGAGCUAAAUCAGCUUGGUUCUCAAGUAUGCGAUCAGUGCACCAACCCGGCUAAAAACGAUGUCGCAGCAAAUUAUUGUUUGAUGAUCUUAACAACUCUUUCAGAGAAUAUAUAUAAUCGUUUCUCAAUCUCUUAAGAUACAUCAUCACCACUUCACCUAUCGGAGUAGUAGUUACUUAACUAAAAAAGGGCAAGAGAGAGACAAAAGUUUUCUGCGAAAGACACUGAAAGAGAGAGAAAAAAGUACGUACUAGGUAAUAAUGGAGAUGUUUUGUUGGAUUCGGUUCUUAAUAGUGGUGGUGGCUUGUUUGUUUCCAUCCUCGGUGGAAUGCAUGGUUCGACACUACAAGUUUAACGUGGUGUUGAAGAACAGCACAAAAUUGUGUUCUACUAAGCCCAUUGUGACUGUCAACGGAAGGUUUCCUGGUCCAACUAUAUAUGCAAGAGAAGACGACACCGUUUUGGUUAAGGUGGUCAACCACGUCCAAUACAAUCUCAGCAUCCAUUGGCAUGGCAUUAGACAAAUUAGGACAGGGUGGGCUGAUGGACCUGCAUACAUUACACAAUGUCCAAUUCAGCCAGGACAACAAUACAUAUACAACUAUACGCUCACAGGCCAAAGAGGCACUCUAUGGUGGCAUGCACACAUUCUAUGGCUUAGAGCCACUGUCCAUGGAGCCAUAGUCAUCUUACCCAAACGUGGUGUCCCAUAUCCAUUUCCCGCACCACAUAAGGAAAAAGUUAUUAUGUUAGGUGAGUGGUGGAAAUCAGAUGUGGAAGCUGUGAUUAAUGAGGCUUUGAAAUCUGGUUUGGCUCCAAAUGUUUCUGAUGCCCACACAAUUAAUGGCCAAACCGGCCCUAUCUCAGGUUGCACCUCACAAGGAGGGUUUAACUUACCUGUAGAAAAUAACAAGAGGUACUUGCUCAGAAUUAUCAAUGCUGCGCUCAAUGAGGAGCUCUUUUUCAAGAUAGCCGGCCACCAAGUCACAGUGGUCGAAGUUGAUGCUGUCUACACCAAACCCUUCAAAACUGACACCAUUGUCAUAGCCCCUGGUCAAACAACCAACGUCAUUCUCCACGCCGACCGAAAUGCUGGCAAGUAUCUAGUCGCUGCAUCUCCAUUCAUGGAUGCUCCUGCGAUCGUCGUCGAUAACAAGACCGCCACCGCCACUUUGCAUUACUCAGGAACCCUUUCUAGCUCUCGCACCAUCCUCACCUCCACACCUCCAAGAAACGCCACAUCAGUUGCUAAUAAUUUCACCAAAUCCUUAAGGAGUCUUAACUCUAAGAAAUACCCAGCUAGAGUUCCACUCAACAUUGACCAUUCUUUGUUAUUCACUGUUGGACUCGGAAUCAACCCUUGUUCCACAUGCAUCAAUGGUAGUCGAGUGGUCGCGGAUAUCAACAAUGUUACCUUUGUUAUGCCCCAAAUUGCUCUCCUUCAAGCUCAUGUAUUCAAUAUUAGCGGAGUUUUCACUGAUGAUUUUCCUGGAAAACCGCCUGUCACUUAUAAUUUCACUGGAACGCAGCCAAACAACUUUGCUACCACCAAGGGAACAAAGCUUUACAGACUUGCUUACAAUUCUACAAUUCAGCUAGUUUUGCAAGAUACUGGGAUGCUAACUCCUGAAAAUCAUCCAGUUCAUCUGCAUGGCUUUAAUUUCUUUGAAGUUGGCAGAGGAACGGGAAAUUUCAACAAUAAAACAGAUCCAAAGAAGUUCAAUCUAGUUGACCCGGUUGAGAGAAAUACUGUGGGCGUGCCUUCAGGUGGAUGGGUUGCUAUUAGAUUUCGGGCUGAUAAUCCAGGUGUUUGGUUUAUGCACUGUCACUUGGAAGUGCAUACAACAUGGGGACUAAAAAUGGCAUUUGUUGUGGACAAUGGAAAAGGGCCCAGUGAAUCUGUUCUACCACCACCUAAAGAUCUUCCGAAGUGUUAGUUUGAGGAUUAAAUAAUAAUAUUAUCAACAAUAUUUUGGAAGUAUAGUUUGAAGUUUAAUAUCAAAAUAUUCCUCUAGAAUCGAAGAAAAAACAAUCAGUUCUUUUGAGCUAGCUAAGAAAACAGCUCACAUAUACUUGAAUAACAAAGCAAUUAUUAAUAUUGCCACCUUUUGCCUUUUUUUUUUUUUAUUUUAUUAAAGAAGUGUAAGUAUUUAUGUUUUGAAUAUAUGUUAAUCCGGCCAGCAAUAAAGAUUUUUCGUUUUUGAA